CCACCUUUGGAGCGUACAGACAACACCUGGGUGUGUCACAAUGAAAGUGGGAGGGGAGCGUUCAGGUAUCCGGAAGCUCGCAGAGGCUGUUUAGUUCAUUGCAAAGUAAACAGGUGAUCUGACCACUGCUUGCUACACCCCAUAACAACAUGCAGAGUGUAAGCUCUCCGGGAGGCCGCGUCCUCAAUGAGGACCAGUUCACCUGCUCCAUCUGCCUGGAGGUGUUUGUGGAGCCUGUGUCCACGCCGUGCGGUCACAGCUUCUGCAAGGCCUGCCUGCAGGGCUACUGGAACCACACCAAGAAGUUCCUGUGUCCCAUGUGCAAGAAGAGCUACACCAGGAGGCCUGAGAUGAGUGUCAACAGGGUCCUGGCAGAGAUCUCAUCGCAGUUCCAGGGGCUGGUAGUUUCUGGCGGUAGGGCGGAGGCGCCCGGGUCCUCUUUGCGAGACUCCACCGUCAAUUUGGGCUCCGACAGGGGCCGUGUGGGCUCACCGGGUCUUGACACUGGAGAGUUUGCACGGGACGGCGAGGUCCCCUGCGAUGCUUGCAUUGGGAGGAAGUUGAAAGCGCACAAGUCUUGCGUCAACUGUCCUGGGUCUUUCUGUGAAACCCACCUGAGACAUCACAAAAAGGUGAAAUCCCUGACGUCACAUCGCCUGAUUGAGCCCACCUUCUACCUGGAGGAAAAGAUCUGUAGGAAGCACGAGCGACUGCUGGAGGUCUACUGCCGCACGGACCACAUCUGCAUCUGCGCCGCCUGCGUGGAGUCCGCACAUAAGUCGCAUGACAUCGUCUCCACGGACCACGAGUGGAAGAAGAAGAUGAGCAUCUUGGGAAAGAAAAGGUCUGAACUGCGGCACUUGAUCAAGGAGAGAGCCAAGAAGCUGGAGGAAGUCAAACAAUCCAUAAAGGUCAUCAAGACCAGCGGCCAGAAGGAGCUGGAGGAGAGCUGGCAGGUGUUCGCCGAGCUGCAGCGACUGGUGGAGCAGAGCCAGGCCGACCUGGUGGAACUCAUCACAACCAGGCAGCGUGAGGCUGAGCGUCACGCGCAGGAGUUAGCGCGAGGCCUGGAGAACGAGCUUAGUCAGCUAAGGAGGCGUAGCCACGAGCUGGACACCCACGUCCAGAUUAAAGACAAGGUGGUGUUCUUGCAGCAUUUGGCCUCCUUGCCCCACCUGCCCGAGCCCACCGACUGGUCGGCGGUGACCGUCAACACGGACUUCUGCCUGGGGACCCUCCGUGCUUCCGUCAGUGGCCUCGUUGACAAGUUACAGGAGGAGUUAAAGAGGCUAUAUGGCAAAGAACUCCGCAAGUUGCAGAAUUAUUCAAGUGAAGUCCUCUUGGACCACGCCACCGCCCAGAAGAACCUGGCCGUGUCAGAUGACGGCCACCAGGUGAGGUACGAGGAGCGCAAGACCUCCCACACAGACGGCCCUAAACGUUUCAGCCCGGCUCUCUUUGUCUUGGGCCGGGAGGGUCUCAGCUCUGGUCGACACUACUGGGAGGUGGACGUGGCCCGCAAGACGGCCUGGACUCUCGGCUUGGCUAAUGGCACGGCCCGCCGUAAAGGCGAGAUCAAGCUGAGUCCAGAGGGGGGUUACUGGUGCUUGUGGCUCAAGAACGGCGAGGUGAAGGCCCUGGCCUCGUCACGCUUGCCUCUCAUGCUGACAUCCCAGCCCAGCAAAGUGGGAAUCUUUCUGGAUUAUGAAGGAGGUCAGGUGUCCUUCUAUGACACCAAUGCCCGCGUGCACCUCUACACCUUCUUUCACAACUUUAAUGAACGUGUAUACCCCAUCUUCAGCCCCUGCCUCAGCCAGGAUGGCAAGAACAAUUUCCCCCUCGUCAUCACGGCCAUCAAACAUACCUGACUGUGACCACACAAACUUUUCAACUUGACUCAAAAGCCACUGAGAGACUGAUUAAAGACUUGCUCGCACACAUCUUUAAAACACGGUAAUCCCCAGGUGGUUUCAAACCUCUGGUAGUUUUGUAUGCAAUAUCUUCUUCUGUUUUCUAAACUUUUAAAUAAAGAUGACU